AUUUAAUAAAAGUAAGCAGAGGCCAGUAGUGGAGUCGAGCAUAACAUAAUGAUACUGCAGGAUAUCGCAGAGCUGCAGUAGGACUCUCCACAGAUUGGUUCCAGUCUCGAUGCAAACGUGAGAGUCCUGAAACUAAACUGUCUAUAGGACCCGGGGACAGAUCGCAAACUUGAGAGCGUCCGAAAAGAACUGAAAUAAUGGAUUUGGAAAGACAGAGGCGCAAGGAAGAAAUACAGAAAGCCCUUGGAUUUAUACAGUCGUCUUUGCCUUAUCCAGAGCCCGAAGGCUAUGAGGCGUUCCUGACCCAGCUAGUUUGCAAUCUGCUCGACGAGGGCAACGCAGUCUUCCGUGAUGGAGAUUGGAGGGAUGCGACGGUUAACUACAGUGAGGGGAUCAGUGUGGCACGCUACGCUCAAGCCGAGGCCUUGCUCAUCCCCCCUGCACUUCUGGAGAGCCUCUAUGUCAACAGGGCGGCGGCGUACUACAACACCACAGACUAUGAGAGGGCUCUUCAGGAUUGCGAGAGCGCCCUGGCUAUCUGUGAGGGGAGCCGCAGGGCAAUGUACAGGAAGACCCUGUGCCUGCAGGAGAUGGGCCGACUGAGGGAGGCUUAUGAGUGUGGGACAGCCUGCCUGCUCAUCGCCCCCCAUGACAAGCAGGUCAGUGAUCUGGCCCAGGAGCUCGCCACUAAACUGGGCCUGAAGAUCCGUAAAGCCUAUGUCCGCACGCAGGCCGAAUCUGUCACAGGUGGGGGAGAUAGCAAUGGGGACACCAACAGUACUGAAGAGAUAUCUGCUAAUGGUCUGGAAUCUUUAAGUGACAUCAGCUCAGCAGGAAUAUCCAGUGUUCAGUGCAUUCCGGCCCCGCUGGCCACGCCCAUCCCCGUCAGCGACGACUCUCCCUCUCCCACCAAGGGCCCCACGGUGCCCCAGGAUUCCCCCGAGAGCCCCAACCAGGGCACCCCUCGCGUGCCCUUCUCUGUGCCAGUGUCGGAGCACCUGGCGCAGUGUGAGGUCAUCGGAGGGGAGAUCGAUGGCCUGCUGGACUGCAUCCCCAAGGGGGCUGAAGUCAGCGGGUCUUCUCCGGUCCAGGGUGCCAUUCCUACCAACCUUCCCAACACAGCCGUUGGCCUGCGGCCCCCCUACUCUUCCAACAUACCUGCUUCAUCGCCCCAGCUGCCUUCCCCCUUUUUCAACUCCUCCAUCAGCACGCUCAACUCCCUGGAGAGUUUCUCCACCCCCAGCACAGCCGAUGGCUCCAGUCAAGUUCUGGAUUCCUUGGACUCCUUCUCGACUGGGGCUGGUGGGGGAGGGACACUGGACUCCUUGUCAGAGUUCACCCUUCCUGGAGGAAGAGUCUCGCAUAGUUUCAUCCCCGGGCUGCGGAAUACAAAAUCUUCCCAUAGCAAUGGCCCAGUCGGCUCAAACCUCUCCCUGCUGUCCCGCAACCCACUGGCUGCCACCCACGAGUUCCGUCAGGCGUGUCCCGCCUGCUACAGCCGCAUCGGCCCGCGGGUCAUGGACUACAAGUACCAGCCAGAGGCGGCGCACCGCUGUAAGCGAGACAUCCUGCUAUGCCGACUCAAAGACAGCGAAGACCCCACCUGGAAGAGGGUGCGGCCCCGCCCCGCCCGCAACAACUUCCUGGGGGCAUUUGUGCUCUGCAAAGAGGUGCAGGAGCGCCAAGAGUGCAAGUAUGGAGAGAACUGCACGUUCGCCUACUGUCAGGAGGAGAUCGACGUGUGGACGCAGGAGCGGAAGGGCGCUCUGAGCCGGGAGCUGCUGUUCGACCCGCUGGGCAGCACCGAGAGGCGGGCACUGAGCGUCACGCGGCUGCUGCAACUGCACAUGGGCAUGUUUAUGUUCCUCUGUGAGGAGUGUUAUGACAGCAAACCUCGAAUCAUCAGCAAACGGAGCAAAGAGAACCUCGCGGUUUGCUCCAAUCUCACCGCCCGGCACCCAUUUGAUGACAACAAGUGCCUGGUACACGUGGUGCGUUCGGCCAACGUGCGCUACAGCAAAGUACGCCCGCUGCACCCGCUCUGCCAGUUCGACGUGUGCCGCCACGAGGUGCGUUACGGCUGCCAGCGCGAGGACAGCUGCUCCUUCGCCCACUCCGUCAUCGAGCUCAAGUGCUGGGUGCUGCAGCAGGACACUGGCAUCACGCACGAGGAGAUCGUUCAGGAGUCGAAAAGGCACUGGCACCGGCUGGAGCAGAGCGCGCAGCGGCAGAAGCCUCUGCACAUGCCGGCCCCGGCCAGUGUGGCGGGAGGAGGUGGGGGAGGCGGAGGAGGAGGCGGCGAUGCCAUCGGAGGAGGAGGAGGUGGCGGCGGACGAGCUCGCGGGCUGAACCUGAAGAUGAAGUUUGUGUGCGGCCAGUGCUGGAGGGACGGCCUGGUCAGCGAGCCCGACAAGGCGCUCAAAUACUGCACCGCCAAGGCCCGGCACAGCUGGACGAAAGAGCGCAGGGUGCUGCUGGUCAAGUCCUUUGAGAAGAAGAAGUGGGUGGUGGUUCGGCCGCUGCCGUUCUCCAGGAGCUACCCGCAGCAGUAUGACAUGUGCGUCCACGUCAUGAAGCAGAAGAAAUGCCACUACAUCGGGAACUGCUCGUUCGCCCACAGCCUGGAGGAGAGGGACGUCUGGACCUACAUGAAGAACAACAACCUGCGGGACAUGCAGCAGAUGUAUGACAUGUGGUUGACGCUGACCAAUCAGAACCGUCACCCGGAUGGCACACUGGUGACUCCACCUCCAGAGGAGAAACACGUUGCCUUGCCAACGGACUACGCGGAGCCAAUGAGCGGCUUCCACUGCCGCCUCUGUGGCAAGCACAGCAACAGCGAGCGCCAGUGGCAGCAGCACAUCUCCUCGGAGAAGCACAAGGACCGCGUGUUCAGCUGCGAGGCCGAGGACGAGGGCCUGGCGUGGAUGCACCGUUUCCCAGGGCCCAGGUUCACGCUCUGUCCCAGGUUAGAGGGUGGCUGUCCGGACGGAGUGAGCUGUGACUACGCCCAUGGCGAGGAGGAGCUCACAGAGUGGCUGGAGAGGCGGGACUUCCUGCGGCGUAAGCUGGCCAAAGCCCGUGACGACAUGCUGAUCGCGCCCAACGAUAUCGACUUUGGGAAGUACAACUUCCUCCUGCAGGACUGAGUCGCCAUGGCGCUUAUAGCCGAACACACACACACACACACACACACACACACACACACACACACAGGCAUAAUCACGUACAAGCGGAAAAAGUGUCGGACUUCUAUUAUCGAGAAGCCCUUCCGACAUCCCUUAACCGAUACACGCAGAGUCAGAGGUGCACAUGUUAAAGCGCUGGUGAAGAGGACAUUUUUUUUUCUUUUCUUUUCUCUGCCCCCCCCACCCCCCAAAUAUGAUUGCUACAUCCUUCCCCAACACUUGUCCCUUAGAGCUGGAAGUGAGCCUAAAUGGAGACAAGCAGGUAAGAUCCCAGCAGCUCCCACACAGGCAGAGUCAUCGAGUCCUCGCAGGCUGGGUGACGGUGGGGGGGGGGGGGAGAGAGAGAGAGAGAGUCCAGCCCUGGUCAUCCAGAGCCUUGAGAAACACCAGAGAACGUGAGCGAGCAUCUGGAUGAUUAAAGUCUUGAAACAGUUGUACAGCUACAGUAGUGUGAGACCCCGCGAAACCCUGGGCUCGUGUGGACCGAGGUUCACCCCCCCACACCUUUAUCUGCCAUAUUGGUAGCAGGACAUGGAUGUCACACUAGACUUGUCGGAUGUGAGCAGUUCUCAGAUCACAUGGUGUUUCUCUGGGGAUCGGAGAGGUGACCACCGCAGGACCAGACUCCUCUCACUUGGCAGUCAGCAGACGCCCCUCGGUCCAUGCAGGGGGGGGGGGGCAGCUCUGACGUGACGGCAGGUGGGCAAGGGCCACAGUGCUGAGAAGGGCCUAAUUAGCCAUAAUUAUCAGACGACCACAUGGUGGUGGGGGCGCUCUGGCCUGUACACACGUCAGCAUUUAAAUAAAUUCUUGAAGGUAUCCUGCUCCAAUGCUAAUCGCGGUUUUUAAGUUUGGUAAAUUUACUUUAAUGAAUUUUGGUCUGUAGUACAGCGGGAUUAGCAGUUUAUUUUUAGUUGGGGCUGGUCGGUGCACUAUGCGUAUACUCGAGGUCGACUAGACAAAGCCUUUAUUAUGGGGGAAUUUUGUAAGGGGGCACCUGAAGUGGGUGAAGUUAGCAGAAGUUCAAGAAUAAUGAAUAUAACUUGCUAAUAUCAUCUAACCACUUGUCCUUAUAUGCCAUCAUUGAAAAUUUAUAUAUAAAAGUAUGUGUGUGUAUAUUUACGCAUACACAUGUAUACGUAUAUAAGGUAUAUAAAUCCAAAAUAAAUCUGUAUACUAAUAAUAGACAACUUAGCCAUUAUGCUUAAUUAAAUAAGAUCAUACUUGUAUGGAUUACAUAGUACAACUUCUUAUUGACUCUUACGCUAUACUAUAUGAACUGUACGGAUAGAUGAGUAGACAUUUUGUUUUUGUAAGGGUCAUUCCAGACAAUGGUGAUUUAAAUGCAGAACCUUAUAGUGAAUGAGAUCCAUAAUCCUGGUCAGAAAUGUACUGAAAACAGCAGAAAAAUAAGGAGUGCGAGUCUUUGGGGAGAACCUUGAACAUCUUGAUAGACUGGAAUAAAAGUGGAUAUUACAUGGUGCAAACUGGUUUGUGCUCCAUGAAUACUGGUUCCAGUGCCGACUGUACCUCAAACUGCAGCUUCUUCCUAAUUUUUAUAUUUAACUUGUUUCAUUAAUCAUUGUGUAAGAACUAACCUAGGAAAAUAUGUUGGUGUGUUUUGAGAGUCUUCUACCGUAAUCACCUUUUAUCUGAUUUGAACUAUGAAGUCGCCUGCCUGUACAGAGUAACUGGUGCAGUUCCAGAAAAGACCAGCAAGAUCUUUCAGUGUCUUACUGGCAGUUCUCUGGAGGUCGUCAGCCGGCGGUUUUAGCGCACAUUAGAUGUUGUGUAGUAAGAUAGGCCAGAUGCUCGCUGGGCUCAUUGCGGCUAGAAUGUAAGCUGUGGUAUCAAGGCUGCUGACAAACACCAUGGCUCUGCGGCUCUGGAGCAGUAACAGACGGGCCCUUUGGGCUGAGCGGAGCCGUGACCAAGGAAAAGGCUGAGAUUCAGUUAAUGCAAGGUGACUGCUGGUGUCCAUGCAGACAAGGUGGCCAGUGGAUUGUAGCCCUGCACCCCUGGUGGACGGUUGAGGGACUGCUGUCUGGAAUGACUUUCUAUAUUGAGAGAGUUGUUUUAUGUUUGUUAUUAUUAUUGAUUAUGAGUAUGAUUACUAUUACUAUUUUUGGUUCUCCUUAUGCUAUUGAUAUAUAUGCAUUAACUGCUGUUUUGUUUAUUGUUCAAAUAGCUCUGGUUUGGGCCUAUAUCGACAACCGAUUACCCGUGGAUUGUAUCGCAUUUUGCUUAUUGCGAGGGCAGUUCAUACCCUGCACCAAGGACAUCCAAUUCAUUUUCUGAGGCAUGUGUGUUUGCAGGUUUAUCCCUCUCCAUCUUCCUCUUAAUUGCUUAAUUAUCUCCAUUAUUGUUAUUCUUUUGCUUAAUGAUUAUGAUUGUAGUGUGUUGGGUGCAUCCAGGAAAUUUUGCUGGUAAGGACCAGGUCCAUGUAGUAUUGGGGGAUCUGAAAUGAAGAUGCGCAGGGGAGGGAGAUGGGACCCAGCUUGCACACAGCUGUACACUCACCCCACCCUUCGUAUAGAGUUCACUUGGGGUCAAAAGUGUGAGCUCAUCUACACCGGGGGUGUAAGUACACAAGGCCAGUGUUUCCUAAACUGUUCAUCAGUAGCCGCAUAACGCAUUUCUAAAGCAACACAAAUUCAAUAUAGAGUGUAAUGAAUGACAAAUUCGCCCCUGUGAAAAUGGAUCUGUAUGCAGAGAGUAAAUAUUAUAAAUGUCUUAUUUCUUAAGGACACCUCAUAAGUGAAUGCAAAGAAGAUUUAAAAGGGGGAAAAAGGAAGCCUGUUGGAUUUUUUUUUUUUUUUUUUCGCGUUUGUUUUUCUUUGUCCUUCCUGGCUGAGACUGAAUUAUGAAAGCAGUGGACCAAAUUUUGUAUAAAAAAGAAAAAAAAAGAAAAAAAGAAAAAUGUUUAACAAUAAACAGAUCGUUUUAAAAAAAAAAAGUGUUAGUUUUCUUGAUUCCACAGGAAGUAUAUACUGUAAGUCUGAGUAGAUGGUCAGCUUCUCUUCCCGCUCUGAAU